CACAGGCCACAGGGCAUGAACAGAGAGAGCUGGCUAGCUAAUGGCAAAUUGGCAAUCACUACCUCCAACUAACUAACUAACCACCUCCACCUUUUUUUUCACUACACUGUGAGCACUCACUCACGUACCUUUCGAUCGCCAUGUCCAUCCUACAAAUCCCUGUCGUUGUCGUGGCCGUCGUCGUCGUCGUCGCCGCUACUACUGCAACGAGAGCUAGUGCCCCUGAUAGUACUAGUGGUUGUGAGUAGGAUCAGGGUUUGGGAGGGGAGGUUUAAUUAGGCCGCGGCAUGGACGCCAUUGAGGAGUGCAGCAGGAGCAGCGAUGAAAGGCGACGGCACCAGCUGCUCCUUGGCUCCAGGAUACUGGUCGGCGUGCCCAAUAACUCCCGGGGCUGCUCCGAGCUCCUGUCAUGGGCGAUCAGGGUCGUCGCCAAGCCCAAUGAUUCCGUCGUCGCCGUUCAUGUUCUUGGAGGGAGGGGGAGGAAGAACAGGCUGCAGAAGGCGAACGCCUUCGUGAUCUACAUGCUUGGGGAGUUUGUGGAGACAUGCGAGGCUAAACAGGUCAAUUUGGAGGCUAAGGUGAUCUGCAGCUCAAGCAUUCCAAGAGCCCUGACACGGGAAGCUGAAUUGACCGAUGCGAACUUUAUAGUUGUUGGAAGAUCAAGGAGUACAUAUCACAGGAAUCACUUUGAGGUUUCAAACUACUGCUUCAUGCAUGCUCCAAACAAGUGCUCAGUGAUUGCUGUUGGAAGGGAAAGCUCGCCACAGAGUAGCACCCGGUUCAAGUCUCCCUCGUUUGACGGUGAGAACAUUUGGCAAAAAUGUACCGGAUUCUGCUUGAACAAGCAUUUCUGCUCACAUACUAUUUCUGAAUUUCAAACUACAGACAGCAGCAUGUUCUCAAGUUCAACAUGGAGCAGAAGAUUUCCACCGCUUCAAAAACUACUUCGAUCAAGCUUGGCGCGCAAGCAGGCUCCUCAAUCCACAAGCGAAGGCAACGAGGAAGACAAGAGCUCGCCAAGGGCGGUUCUCGAUGGACCAGAGGAAGGGGAGCACCUGCAAGACACUGAAGAGUGCUACAGCACAUGUAGCACUGACGUGAGCCGGCGUGGCCACAAUGGCAUAUGGAGGCGUCUGUCAGACAUGAAGCUCUGGCUUCCGUUCCUGCGGUCCGUCGACGAUGAAAGUGCGAAAGGCGGCGACGUCUGUUCGAUGUUUACUGAAGAUCAGAAACCUGCUUGGAAGUGUUACAGCUACCAAGAGCUUUCAGUUGCUACCAAUGACUUCCAUCCAGACAACAUGGUUGGAAGAGGAGGCUAUGCAGAAGUGUACAAGGGCACCCUGUUUGAUGGACAAUGUGUAGCAGUGAAGAGACUGGCCAAAGGCAAACCCAGUGAGCAGAAGGAGAAGGAUUUCCUGUCAGAGCUAGGGAUCCAAGGGCAUGUGUGCCACCCAAAUACAGCUGACCUCCUUGGCUGCUGCAUUGAGAAUGGAUUGUAUCUGGUGAUGGAAUUCUGUGCAAACGGGACACUCGCAUCGGCGCUGCAUGGGAAGUGUGGGAAGGUCCUUCAGUGGCCUUUGAGGCACAAGAUUGCGCUAGGCGUCGCGAGGGGCUUGCUGUAUCUGCACAUGUUCUGCAAACACCGGAUCAUCCACCGCGACAUCAAGGCCUCCAAUAUACUUCUCGGCGAUGACUUCGAACCUCAGAUUUCUGACUUUGGAUUGGCAAAGUGGCUUCCCAAGCAAUGGACUCAUCACUCUGUGGUACCCAUCGAAGGCACAUUUGGUUAUUUGGCACCAGAAUACUUCAUGCACGGCAUUGUCGAUGAGAAAACAGAUAUCUUUGCUUUCGGUGUUCUUCUACUUGAGAUUGUCACCGGAAGGCGGCCUAUUGACUGCUCAAAGCUGAGCCUUCUUCAAUGGGCAAAGCCACUUCUGGAGGCUGGGCAAGCGACUGAACUUGCAGACCCUGACCUCGGCGAUGACUAUGACAAGGAUCAGCUGAAGAGGAUGGUUGCUGUCGCGUCACGCUGCAUUCUGCGGCCCGCGAUGUGGCGUCCGUCGAUGGCUGAGGUGCUGCACCUCCUGUCCACUGAUGAGUGUCUCAAGGAGCCCGAGAAAUGGAACAUUCCAGAGGAUGAGGUCAACGACAUGGAUGACUGCACAUUGUUCUCUGAAUCUUGUUCUCCUUGAUUUAUAGGCUCUUAUUUAUUGUGGUGCUGGUAUUGCUUGCUAUCAUGGCAUCGUUAUGUGCUACUCGGGUAUCUUUUAUGUUUUUUCCUCUGGGUUUUGAUCUUGGAACCUUUAGAUGCUUGAGAUAUAUUCAUGUGAUUUAGGAGUGAGAUUUUGGAAAUGUAUCAUUUGCUGGCUCAAUUUAUCAGUUCAAGUGUAGAGUAUGAAUGAGCA